CUGGUUGGUAUCGCCGCGGUUCUCACCUGCGUUGCUAACUACGUCACUGAAGCACCAAUAAUGUUCGCUGAUCCAAGCCUUAUUGGAGCCGGAAAUUUAAUGAAAACAGUUGCCUACUUGGGAACUUGGAUUGGUGGUGUCACUUUCACUGGGUCACUCAUUGCAUUUGGCAAACUUCAAGGUAUCCUGGAUUCCCAACCUCUAUUGCUACCCAUGCGUCAUGCAUUGAAUGCCAGUCUUGUUGGUAUCUCCACGGCCGGCUUGGCAGCCUUUUUAGCAUCUGGGGGUGACUUAGAGACCCCAAUGGUGCCUCUUUCCAUGCUACUUGGUGGUGCUGCCUUGGCUGGAUCCGUCUCUGGUGUCACUCUAACCGCUGCGAUAGGAGGUGCUGAUAUGCCCGUGGUGAUCACAGUGCUCAACAGCUACUCCGGUUGGGCGCUGUGUGCAGAGGGAUUCAUGCUUAAUAACAGUCUUAUGACGGUGGUGGGCGCGUUAAUUGGUUCUUCCGGUGCCAUCCUCUCCUACAUCAUGUGUCGAGCAAUGAACCGCUCUCUCCCCAAUGUAAUUCUUGGUGGUUAUGGCACAACUUCCGCUGGGAGCAAGGUCACGGGACUUACUGUUCUCGGCGUUCUUGAUGAACACAUUUUGGUUUAA